CAAGGCAACACACCCUGCGCAAUUAACACAGCAGUCUCAGGUAUCAGGAGGGAGAGAGAGAGAGACGCUCCACAGCACCCGGAGGACUCCACAUACAAACAAGUGAUUUUCAACACAAAGCUCUCUGAUCCCAUGAUACUGGUCACAUUAUGAAAUCACGCUACCUAUUCCUGCUGGUUUACCUCGUUGGAGCCACCACUGGAAAUUCAAGGGCACAAGGGGCUACAACAUGUGGGGCAGAAAGCUGCGGUCAAGAGGCGGACGCGACCUCCCGCUUCCUGCAGUGUGUCGGCUUGCCGUCCACAGACACAGGAAAAGACCACAUGCAGAGGCUGAAAGUGAUGCUUGAGGCCACAAUGGACGUGUACACCUUCAUGAAAUCCAGCAUGACCGACGUGCCGGUCCUGAGCCUGGAAGGAGCUUUGAAUUUCAACCCCGGAGCAGAUCCUCUCCAGAAUGAAGCCCUGGUUCAGAUGUGGCUUGAGGUCAAAAUCAAACCUCUGCUGGGUUCCAUCACCAAACACUUCCUGUCCUGCCUCAGCACAAAGAACUUCAGCUGCUCCACUUAUCAGACUGUAGUGGGAGAACUCAGCCAAUAUUUUUCAGAGAUGAAUCCAGUCAGACAAAAGUGGAUCUACACGUUCUUCAUGUACCCCUUCCUGUCUGGAGAAAGAGUUACAGGUUGUGUAAACGGCAAUGAAAGCAGCAAAGAAUGGCUGAUGAAGAAUUUUGGCGCCUUCAGAGCGAUGGCCCGAAUGAAGGACUUCACCAGCCUCAACAUGGUCUUCAGUGGGCUGGAGGUUCUCCACCUGCUCUCUCCUGCACAAAAGGCCGAGCUGCUCUUAAAGCCUGAGGUGGCUGGUUUGGACAACGGCACCUUGACCCUGGUUUUCAACAGUCUGCUGCCCGGUCAGCAAACGACUCCCAGCCCUGGAAACUCGUCUGUGGUGCCAGUUGGUUAUUCAUCUCCACACAGCACUCUCAAAGAGAUCGCAAAUGGAUUCAUGACGGCUUUCAGACCGAUUGGAAGUUUUGCUCAUGAAUUUGUUUCUUUUACACAUCAGAGAAAUGUUUCAGAAAUAAAAAGCACCACUUUGACUCAGUUCCUGCUCAACUGGACUCUGGCUGAGCUGGCAAACGUGUAUGAGCCGCCCACGGUCCCAGACAUCCCCGAGUUUGAUGUGACCAACGUGGAUGACUGGUACCAGCAGGUGGUGCUGCCGCUGCUGCGCAGGUUCCUGCCGAACGACGAAAACUUGAUGCACCAAAACAUCACGCUGGCUUUUCACGAGCUGUAUUUUCUGGAACAUGGUGGGGAAAAUGAAUACGAUGAACUUCAGGAUGUCUGCAGCGUCACUCUUGAUAAGAGCCCUUGUGGGCUGACCGAUGCAGUGGAGAACGUAGCCCAUAUUAUGCACUGCGCUGCUAAAAGUGAGCUGACGAUGACUGAAGAAACCAUCAUGAGGCUGAUUACUGAGCUGGCUGAACGUCUGCACCUCCUGAUAAAAGAGUUUACCACAACAAACUUUGCAGGGCUGGCAUCUGACAUUAAGGAGAUAUUCAACGAGAAUGAGCCUCCAACUCUGACCCAACAUCACCUGGACGACCCCGAAUUCAUCAAACUCUGGUACCAGAUCAAACUGCUCCCUCUGCUGCCAGACGUAAACCCAGACCUCCUCUCCUGCCUGAGCACCAAAAACUUCUCCUGCCCCGUUUACCAAACCCUGGUGGCAGCACUUGGUGAGAGCAUGAGGCAAAUGGAUGCUGACAUGAUGUACAGUCACAACAUCUACAGAUAUUUCAUCUACUCUUUCCUGAAUCACAACGCCACUGAACCCCAGUGCAUCUCCUCAGCCAAUCAAAGUGCAGAAUGGGUGAACCUGAACUUUGGGUUCUUCUCAAGCUUUGCCUCUGUCAUCGACUUCUACCAGCUCAACCCCAAUUUCUCUGCGUUGGAAGCUCUGCAGGUCCUGACCCCAAAGCAGCUUGCAGAAAUGCUGCUGCUGCCUCUUCCUGGUCCAACGGACAAAGACACCGUUAUCAACGCAGUGUUUGACUUCUUGUUGGAGUCACCAGAAGACAGAAAAUUUACCGACGUUCUGCACUUCGUGGUCCAGCUUGCCGAAGAGGCUAAUCCUCCCUGCAGUGUCUAUCAACUCAUUUUUGAACGAAUGUACGGAGCCCUAACGAUGAUACCUCCAGACUUGGAGCCGGUUAUUUGGGCCCGCAUAGAUGAUCUCAUGGGAAUUGCGCCGGCAGAGUGUGUACCGGCAGAAGUCACGUGCCAAGACACGCAGAUCAACAGAACUUUAAUCUGCCAAAGCAUCAACAGCUCCGUUCUUCAGUCAUACCUCAACGACCACGUGCAUGUGUCAUGUAGCUUCACCUUGGAGGAAUAUGCUUGUGCUCAGCUGGAUGACUUCACGGCUGAACAGCUGGCUUCCCUGAUGAGGUGUAAUCUGCCCGGCAACGGCAGCCAUUCCAGGGUCCUGUGGAAGUUGCUGCUGACGAAACUCUCCAGCGUUUUGAACCCAGCGCUGGACAUGCUGGCCAACACGUCGGUGGGAAUGAUCCCGUCAGUGGAGGAAAUUUUGGAUGUGAUAGAGGAAAUCAGGCUGUCGGCGCUGACCGAUGAGGAGCUGACGGACAGCGGCGUGAUCCACUUGUGGUUCACAGAGCGUCUAAGCGUCUUCCUGCCAUUUGCGUCGGGGCGCUUCCUGCUCUGUCUGACCAGCAGGAACUUGAGCUGUCCAUCAUAUCAGCAAAUACUGCAGGUGUUUGUUGGCCACUUUGAGGAGAUGCCCUUCCAACAGCGGCUUGUGGUCCUGAAGGAUUUCAUCCUUCGUUUCCUUCUGAACGCUCACUCAGGUCCAGGAUGUUUGUCCUCCUUCAACAACAGCGCACAGUGGCUGACCGACAACUUCGGUCCAUUCUCACAGUUUGUGAUCAUCAGCGACCUGAUCCGUCUCAACCCACUCUUCAAUCCACUCGAGGCCUUACAUCUCCUCACACCAAAUCAGACUGCAGAGCUGCUGGGACUGAAGCUUCCUGAAAGCACAGACGCCGUCAUCAACAUGAUCUUUGAUUACAUGACCGAAGCACCAGAGGAAAGGAAAUUCACAGAGUUCCUGUCAUCUUUGGUUAUGAUUUCCGAGACGUUGAACCUUUCCUGCUCAUCCUACAAAACACUGUUCACCAGACUGGACGACGCCAUGGCAACAGCUUCUUCUGACGUGGCUUCAGCCAUCACAUACACUGAAGUGGCUUUAUUCAAACGACUACCAUCUGACUGCAUCAUAUACAGUGGGCAGUGCAAUGUAACGAUGGCAAAUGAGACAGACAUAUGCAUGGGAGUCAACAGCACAGAGCUUCAGAUCCUCCUAGACAGAUCAACGAUGGCCGGACGGCACUGCAACUUCUCUGUGGAGGAAUUUGCCUGUGCCUCUCUGUCAGGUUUAACAGCUGGGGAUCUGGCAGCCAUGUUGCGCUGUGAUAGGUUCUCCAACUCAAGCGGCUCCAAACCUGCCUGGAAGCUGCUGCUAUCCAAAGCCUCCAAGGUCCUGGAUCAAGCUCUGGAUCUGCUGAGCAAUACCACGCUCCGUCCUGACCAUCCUUCUGCCCCCAUGAUCCUGGACUCCAUACGAGAACUCCGGCUGCUUGUCGUCAACAUGACCGUCCUCAACGAUCCCGCCUUCGUCCAGACGUGGUUCGGCCGCCGCCUUCGUCCGUUCCUGCCAGCUGUUUCCGACGACUUCCUCUCAUGUCUCUCCUCCAAAUCACUGGACUGCAGCACCUACCACUACAUCGUGAAGACAUUUAGCGAGCUUCAGUCAGUCAUGUUGAAAGAAAGGCAGCUGUCUGUCUUGACACACUUCAUCACAGGUUUUCUGACAAACAACACUGCAGGACCAGGAUGUUUGUCCUCCUUCAACAACAGCGCACAGUGGCUGACCGACAACUUCGGUCCAUUCUCACAGUUUGUGCCCAUCAGUGUGCUGAUCCAACUCAACCCACUCUUCAAACCAUUUGACGUCAUUCAGCUCCUCACGCCAGAUCAGAGAGUGGAGCUGCUGGGACUGACGCUUCCUGAAAGCACAGACGCCGUCAUCAACAUGCUCUUUGAUUACAUGACCGAAGCACCAGAGGAAAGGAAAUUCACAGAGUUCCUGUCAUCUUUGGUCAUGUUCACUAAGAUGUUGAACCUUUCCUGUUCAUCCUACAAAACACUGUUCACCAGACUGGACGACGCCAUGGCAACAGCUACUUCUGACUUAGUUUCAGCCAUCACAUACACUAAAGUGGCUUUAUUCAAACGACUACCAUCUGACUGCAUCAUAUACAGUGGGCAGUGCAAUGAAACAAUGACAAAUGAGACAGACAUAUGCAUGGGAGUCAACAGCACAGAGCUUCAGAUCCUCCUAGACAGAUCAACGAUGGCCGAACGGCACUGCAACUUCUCUGUGGAGGAAUUUGCCUGUGCCUCUCUGUCAGGUUUAACAGCUAGGGAUCUGGCAGCCAUGUUGGGCUGUGAUAGGGUCUCCAACUCAAGCGGCUCCAAAGCUGCCUGGAAGCUGUUGCUAUCCAAAGCCUCCAAGGUCCUGGAUCAAGCUCUGGAUCUGCUGAGCAUCACCACGCUCCGUCCUGACCAUCCUUCUGCCCCCAUGAUCCUGGACUCCAUACGAGAACUCCGGCUGCUUGUCGUCAACAUGACCGUCCUCAACGAUCCCGCCUUCGUCCAGAUGUGGUUCGGCCGCCGCCUUCGUCCGUUCCUGCCAGCUGUUUCCAACGACUUCCUCUCAUGUCUCGCCACCGAAUCACUGGACUGCAGCACCUACCAAUACAUCGUGAAGACAUUUAGCGAGCUUCAGUCAGUCAUGUUGAAAGAAAGGCAGCUGUCUGUCUUGACACACUUCAUCACAGGUUUUCUGACAACAAACAACACUGCAGAUCCAAGAUGUUUGCCCUCCUUCAACAACAGCGCACAGUGGCUGACCGACAACUUCGGUCCAUUCUCACAGUUUGCGAUCAUCAGCAACCUGAUCCGUCUCAACCCACUCUUCAAACCAUUUGACGUCAUUCAGCUCCUCACGCCAGAUCAGAGAGUGGAGCUGCUGGGACUGACGCUUCCUGAAAGCACAGACGCCGUCAUCAACAUGCUCUUUGAUUACAUGACCGAAGCACCAGAGGAAAGGAAAUUCACAGAGUUCCUGUCAUCUUUGGUCAUGUUCACUAAGAUGUUGAACCUUUCCUGUUCAUCCUACAAAACACUAUUCACCAGACUGGACAUCACCAUGGCAACCACUUCUCCUGACAUAGUUUUAGCCAUCACAAACACUAAACUCUCUUUGUCCAAACAACUACCACUUGAUUGCAUCAUAUACAGUGGGCAGUGCAAUGAAACAAUGACAAAUGAGACAGACAUAUGCAUGGGAGUCAACAGCACAGAGCUUCAGAUCCUCCUAGACAGAUCAACGAUGGCCGGACGGCACUGCAACUUCUCUGUGGAGGAAUUUGCCUGUGCCUCUCUGUCAGGUUUAACAGCUAGGGAUCUGGCAGCCAUGUUGGGCUGUGAUAGGUUCUCCAACUCAAGCGGCUCCAAACCUGCCUGGAAGUUGCUGCUAUCCAAAGCCUCCAAGGUCCUGGAUCAAGCUCUGGAUCUGCUGAGCAAUACCACGCUCCGUCCUGACCAUCCUUCUGCCCCCAUGAUCCUGGACUCCAUACGAGAACUCCGGCUGCUUGUCGUCAACAUGACCGUCCUCAACGAUCCCGCCUUCGUCCAGAUGUGGUUCGGCCGCCGCCUUCGUCCGUUCCUGCCAGCUGUUUCCGACGACUUCCUCUCAUGUCUCUCCUCCAAAUCACUGGACUGCAGCACCUACCACUACAUCGUGAAGACAUUUAGCGAGCUUCAGUCAGUCAUGUUGAAAGAAAGGCAGCUGUCUGUCUUGACACACUUCAUCACAGGUUUUCUGACAAACAACACUGCAGGACCAGGAUGUUUGUCCUCCUUCAACAACAGCGCACAGUGGCUGACCGACAACUUCGGUCCAUUCUCACAGUUUGUGCCCAUCAGUGUGCUGAUCCAACUCAACCCACUCUUCAAACCACUGGAGGUCUUCCAGCUCCUCACGCCAGAUCAGAGAGUGGAGCUGCUGGGACUGACGCUUCCUGAAACCAAAGACGUUGUCAUCAACAUGCUCUUUGAUUACAUGAUCGUAGCGCCGGAGAGAAGUUUUGUAGAGUUCCUGUUAUCCUUCGUGAGAUUCACCGAGAUGGGAAGUAUUUUCCUUUCCUGCCCAUCCUACAAAACACUGUUCACCAGACUGGACGACGCCAUGGCAACAGCUACUUCUGACUUAGUUUCAGCCAUCACAUACACUAAAGUGGCUUUAUUCAAACGACUACCAUCUGACUGCAUCAUAUACAGUGGGCAGUGCAAUGAAACAAUGACAAAUGAGACAGACAUAUGCAUGGGAGUCAACAGCACAGAGCUUCAGAUCCUCCUAGACAGAUCAACGAUGGCCGAACGGCACUGCAACUUCUCUGUGGAGGAAUUUGCCUGUGCCUCUCUGUCAGGUUUAACAGCUAGGGAUCUGGCAGCCAUGUUGGGCUGUGAUAGGGUCUCCAACUCAAGCGGCUCCAAAGCUGCCUGGAAGCUGUUGCUAUCCAAAGCCUCCAAGGUCCUGGAUCAAGCUCUGGAUCUGCUGAGCAUCACCACGCUCCGUCCUGACCAUCCUUCUGCCCCCAUGAUCCUGGACUCCAUACGAGAACUCCGGCUGCUUGUCGUCAACAUGACCGUCCUCAACGAUCCCGCCUUCGUCCAGAUGUGGUUCGGCCGCCGCCUUCGUCCGUUCCUGCCAGCUGUUUCCAACGACUUCCUCUCAUGUCUCGCCACCGAAUCACUGGACUGCAGCACCUACCAAUACAUCGUGAAGACAUUUAGCGAGCUUCAGUCAGUCAUGUUGAAAGAAAGGCAGCUGUCUGUCUUGACACACUUCAUCACAGGUUUUCUGACAACAAACAACACUGCAGAUCCAAGAUGUUUGCCCUCCUUCAACAACAGCGCACAGUGGCUGACCGACAACUUCGGUCCAUUCUCACAGUUUGCGAUCAUCAGCAACCUGAUCCGUCUCAACCCACUCUUCAAACCAUUUGACGUCAUUCAGCUCCUCACGCCAGAUCAGAGAGUGGAGCUGCUGGGACUGACGCUUCCUGAAAGCACAGACGCCGUCAUCAACAUGCUCUUUGAUUACAUGACCGAAGCACCAGAGGAAAGGAAAUUCACAGAGUUCCUGUCAUCUUUGGUCAUGUUCACUAAGAUGUUGAACCUUUCCUGUUCAUCCUACAAAACACUAUUCACCAGACUGCACAUCACCAUGGCAACCACUUCUCCUGACAUAGUUUUAGCCAUCACAAACACUAAACUCUCUUUGUCCAAACAACUACCACUUGAUUGCAUCAUAUACAGUGGGCAGUGCAAUGAAACAAUGACAAAUGAGACAGACAUAUGCAUGGGAGUCAACAGCACAGAGCUUCAGAUCCUCCUAGACAGAUCAACGAUGGCCGGACGGCACUGCAACUUCUCUGUGGAGGAAUUUGCCUGUGCCUCUCUGUCAGGUUUAACAGCUAGGGAUCUGGCAGCCAUGUUGGGCUGUGAUAGGUUCUCCAACUCAAGCGGCUCCAAACCUGCCUGGAAGUUGCUGCUAUCCAAAGCCUCCAAGGUCCUGGAUCAAGCUCUGGAUCUGCUGAGCAAUACCACGCUCCGUCCUGACCAUCCUUCUGCCCCCAUGAUCCUGGACUCCAUACGAGAACUCCGGCUGCUUGUCGUCAACAUGACCGUCCUCAACGAUCCCGCCUUCGUCCAGAUGUGGUUCGGCCGCCGCCUUCGUCCGUUCCUGCCAGCUGUUUCCGACGACUUCCUCUCAUGUCUCUCCUCCAAAUCACUGGACUGCAGCACCUACCACUACAUCGUGAAGACAUUUAGCGAGCUUCAGUCAGUCAUGUUGAAAGAAAGGCAGCUGUCUGUCUUGACACACUUCAUCACAGGUUUUCUGACAAACAACACUGCAGGACCAGGAUGUUUGUCCUCCUUCAACAACAGCGCACAGUGGCUGACCGACAACUUCGGUCCAUUCUCACAGUUUGUGCCCAUCAGUGUGCUGAUCCAACUCAACCCACUCUUCAAACCACUGGAGGUCUUCCAGCUCCUCACGCCAGAUCAGAGAGUGGAGCUGCUGGGACUGACGCUUCCUGAAACCAAAGACGUUGUCAUCAACAUGCUCUUUGAUUACAUGAUCGUAGCGCCGGAGAGAAGUUUUGUAGAGUUCCUGUUAUCCUUCGUGAGAUUCACCGAGAUGGGAAGUAUUUUCCUUUCCUGCCCAUCCUACAAAACACUGUUCACCAGACUGGACGACGCCAUGGCAACAGCUACUUCUGACUUAGUUUCAGCCAUCACAUACACUAAAGUGGCUUUAUUCAAACGACUACCAUCUGACUGCAUCAUAUACAGUGGGCAGUGCAAUGAAACAAUGACAAAUGAGACAGACAUAUGCAUGGGAGUCAACAGCACAGAGCUUCAGAUCCUCCUAGACAGAUCAACGAUGGCCGGACGGCACUGCAACUUCUCUGUGGAGGAAUUUGCCUGUGCCUCUCUGUCAGGUUUAACAGCUAGGGAUCUGGCAGCCAUGUUGGGCUGUGAUAGGGUCUCCAACUCAAGCGGCUCCAAACCUGCCUGGAAGCUGUUGCUAUCCAAAGCCUCCAAGGUCCUGGAUCAAGCUCUGGAUCUGCUGAGCAUCACCACGCUCCGUCCUGACCAUCCUUCUGCCCCCAUGAUCCUGGACUCCAUACGAGAACUCCGGCUGCUUGUCGUCAACAUGACCGUCCUCAACGAUCCCGCCUUCGUCCAGAUGUGGUUCGGCCGCCGCCUUCGUCCGUUCCUGCCAGCUGUUUCCAACGACUUCCUCUCAUGUCUCGCCACCGAAUCACUGGACUGCAGCACCUACCAAUACAUCGUGAAGACAUUUAGCGAGCUUCAGUCAGUCAUGUUGAAAGAAAGGCAGCUGUCUGUCUUGACACACUUCAUCACAGGUUUUCUGACAACAAACAACACUGCAGAUCCAAGAUGUUUGCCCUCCUUCAACAACAGCGCACAGUGGCUGACCGACAACUUCGGUCCAUUCUCACAGUUUGCGAUCAUCAGGAACCUGAUCCGUCUCAACCCACUCUUCAAACCAUUUGACGUCAUUCAGCUCCUCACGCCAGAUCAGAGAGUGGAGCUGCUGGGACUGACGCUUCCUGAAAGCACAGACGCCGUCAUCAACAUGCUCUUUGAUUACAUGACCGAAGCACCAGAGGAAAGGAAAUUCACAGAGUUCCUGUCAUCUUUGGUCAUGUUCACUAAGAUGUUGAACCUUUCCUGUUCAUCCUACAAAACACUAUUCACCAGACUGGACAUCACCAUGGCAACCACUUCUCCUGACAUAGUUUUAGCCAUCACAAACACUAAACUCUCUUUGUCCAAACAACUACCACUUGAUUGCAUCAUAUACAGUGGGCAGUGCAAUGAAACAAUGACAAAUGAGACAGACAUAUGCAUGGGAGUCAACAGCACAGAGCUUCAGAUCCUCCUAGACAGAUCAACGAUGGCCGGACGGCACUGCAACUUCUCUGUGGAGGAAUUUGCCUGUGCCUCUCUGUCAGGUUUAACAGCUAGGGAUCUGGCAGCCAUGUUGGGCUGUGAUAGGUUCUCCAACUCAAGCGGCUCCAAACCUGCCUGGAAGUUGCUGCUAUCCAAAGCCUCCAAGGUCCUGGAUCAAGCUCUGGAUCUGCUGAGCAAUACCACGCUCCGUCCUGACCAUCCUUCUGCCCCCAUGAUCCUGGACUCCAUACGAGAACUCCGGCUGCUUGUCGUCAACAUGACCGUCCUCAACGAUCCCGCCUUCGUCCAGAUGUGGUUCGGCCGCCGCCUUCGUCCGUUCCUGCCAGCUGUUUCCGACGACUUCCUCUCAUGUCUCUCCUCCAAAUCACUGGACUGCAGCACCUACCACUACAUCAUGAAGACAUUUAGCGAGCUUCAGUCAGUCAUGUUGAAAGAAAGGCAGCUGUCUGUCUUGACACACUUCAUCACAGGUUUUCUGACAAACAACACUGCAGGACCAGGAUGUUUGUCCUCCUUCAACAACAGCGCACAGUGGCUGACCGACAACUUCGGUCCAUUCUCACAGUUUGUGCCCAUCAGUGUGCUGAUCCAACUCAACCCACUCUUCAAACCACUGGAGGUCUUCCAGCUCCUCACGCCAGAUCAGAGAGUGGAGCUGCUGGGACUGACGCUUCCUGAAAACAAAGACGUUGUCAUCAACAUGCUCUUUGAUUACAUGAUCGUAGCGCCGGAGAGAAGUUUUGUAGAGUUCCUGUUAUCCUUCGUGAGAUUCACCGAGAUGGGAAGUCUUUUCCUUUCCUGCCCAUCCUACAAAACACUGUUCACCAGACUGGACGACGCCAUGGCAACAGCUACUUCUGACUUAGUUUCAGCCAUCACAUACACUAAAGUGGCUUUAUUCAAACGACUACCAUCUGACUGCAUCAUAUACAGUGGGCAGUGCAAUGAAACAAUGACAAAUGAGACAGACAUAUGCAUGGGAGUCAACAGCACAGAGCUUCAGAUCCUCCUAGACAGAUCAACGAUGGCCGGACGGCACUGCAACUUCUCUGUGGAGGAAUUUGCCUGUGCCUCUCUGUCAGGUUUAACAGCUAGGGAUCUGGCAGCCAUGUUGGGCUGUGAUAGGUUCUCCAACUCAAGCGGCUCCAAAGCUGCCUGGAAGCUGUUGCUAUCCAAAACCUCCAAGGUCCUGGAUCAAGCUCUGGAUCUGCUGAGCAAUACCACGCUCCGUCCUGACCAUCCUUCUGCCCCCAUGAUCCUGGACUCCAUACGAGAACUCCGGCUGCUUGUCGUCAACAUGACCGUCCUCAACGAUCCCGCCUUCGUCCAGAUGUGGUUCGGCCGCCGCCUUCGUCCGUUCCUGCCAGCUGUUUCCAACGACUUCCUCUCAUGUCUCGCCACCGAAUCACUGGACUGCAGCACCUACCAAUACAUCGUGAAGACAUUUAGCGAGCUUCAGUCAGUCAUGUUGAAAGAAAGGCAGCUGUCUGUCUUGACACACUUCAUCACAGGUUUUCUGACAACAAACAACACUGCAGAUCCAAGAUGUUUGCCCUCCUUCAACAACAGCGCACAGUGGCUGACCGACAACUUCGGUCCAUUCUCACAGUUUGCGAUCAUCAGGAACCUGAUCCGUCUCAACCCACUCUUCAAACCAUUUGACGUCAUUCAGCUCCUCACGCCAGAUCAGAGAGUGGAGCUGCUGGGACUGACGCUUCCUGAAAGCACAGACGCCGUCAUCAACAUGCUCUUUGAUUACAUGACCGAAGCACCAGAGGAAAGGAAAUUCACAGAGUUCCUGUCAUCUUUGGUCAUGUUCACUAAGAUGUUGAACCUUUCCUGUUCAUCCUACAAAACACUAUUCACCAGACUGGACAUCACCAUGGCAACCACUUCUCCUGACAUAGUUUUAGCCAUCACAAACACUAAACUCUCUUUGUCCAAACAACUACCACUUGAUUGCAUCAUAUACAGUGGGCAGUGCAAUGUAACGAUGGCAAAUGAGACAGACAUAUGCAUGGGAGUCAACAGCACAGAGCUUCAGAUCCUCCUAGACAGAUCAACGAUGGCCGGACGGCACUGCAACUUCUCUGUGGAGGAAUUUGCCUGUGCCUCUCUGUCAGGUUUAACAGCUAGGGAUCUGGCAGCCAUGUUGGGCUGUGAUAGGUUCUCCAACUCAAGCGGCUCCAAAGCUGCCUGGAAGCUGCUGCUAUCCAAAGCCUCCAAGGUCCUGGAUCAAGCUCUGGAUCUGCUGAGCAAUACCACGCUCCGUCCUGACCAUCCUUCUGCCCCCAUGAUCCUGGACUCCAUACGAGAACUCCGGCUGCUUGUCGUCAACAUGACCGUCCUCAACGAUCCCGCCUUCGUCCAGAUGUGGUUCGGCCGCCGCCUUCGUCCGUUCCUGCCAGCUGUUUCCGACGACUUCCUCUCAUGUCUCUCCUCCAAAUCACUGGACUGCAGCACCUACCACUACAUCGUGAAGACAUUUAUCGAGCUUCAGUCAGUCAUGUUGAAAGAAAGGCAGCUGUCUGUCUUGACACACUUCAUCACAGGUUUUCUGACAAACAACACUGCAGGACCAGGAUGUUUGUCCUCCUUCAACAACAGCGCACAGUGGCUGACCGACAACUUCGGUCCAUUCUCACAGUUUGUGCCCAUCAGUGUGCUGAUCCAACUCAACCCACUCUUCAAACCACUGGAGGUCUUCCAGCUCCUCACGCCAGAUCAGAGAGUGGAGCUGCUGGGACUGACGCUUCCUGAAAACAAAGACGUUGUCAUCAACAUGCUCUUUGAUUACAUGAUCGUAGCGCCGGAGAGAAGUUUUGUAGAGUUCCUGUUAUCCUUCGUGAGAUUCACCGAGAUGGGAAGUCUUUUCCUUUCCUGCCCAUCCUACAAAACACUGUUCACCAGACUGGACGACGCCAUGGCAACAGCUACUUCUGACUUAGUUUCAGCCAUCACAUACACUAAAGUGGCUUUAUUCAAACGACUACCAUCUGACUGCAUCAUAUACAGUGGGCAGUGCAAUGAAACAAUGACAAAUGAGACAGACAUAUGCAUGGGAGUCAACAGCACAGAGCUUCAGAUCCUCCUAGACAGAUCAACGAUGGCCGGACGGCACUGCAACUUCUCUGUGGAGGAAUUUGCCUGUGCCUCUCUGUCAGGUUUAACAGCUAGGGAUCUGGCAGCCAUGUUGGGCUGUGAUAGGGUCUCCAACUCAAGCGGCUCCAAAGCUGCCUGGAAGCUGUUGCUAUCCAAAGCCUCCAAGGUCCUGGAUCAAGCUCUGGAUCUGCUGAGCAUCACCACGCUCCGUCCUGACCAUCCUUCUGCCCCCAUGAUCCUGGACUCCAUACGAGAACUCCGGCUGCUUGUCGUCAACAUGACCGUCCUCAACGAUCCCGCCUUCGUCCAGAUGUGGUUCGGCCGCCGCCUUCGUCCGUUCCUGCCAGCUGUUUCCAACGACUUCCUCUCAUGUCUCGCCACCGAAUCACUGGACUGCAGCACCUACCAAUACAUCGUGAAGACAUUUAGCGAGCUUCAGUCAGUCAUGUUGAAAGAAAGGCAGCUGUCUGUCUUGACACACUUCAUCACAGGUUUUCUGACAACAAACAACACUGCAGAUCCAAGAUGUUUGCCCUCCUUCAACAACAGCGCACAGUGGCUGACCGACAACUUCGGUCCAUUCUCACAGUUUGCGAUCAUCAGGAACCUGAUCCGUCUCAACCCACUCUUCAAACCAUUUGACGUCAUUCAGCUCCUCACGCCAGAUCAGAGAGUGGAGCUGCUGGGACUGACGCUUCCUGAAAGCACAGACGCCGUCAUCAACAUGCUCUUUGAUUACAUGACCGAAGCACCAGAGGAAAGGAAAUUCACAGAGUUCCUGUCAUCUUUGGUCAUGUUCACUAAGAUGUUGAACCUUUCCUGUUCAUCCUACAAAACACUAUUCACCAGACUGGACAUCACCAUGGCAACCACUUCUCCUGACAUAGUUUUAGCCAUCACAAACACUAAACUCUCUUUGUCCAAACAACUACCACUUGAUUGCAUCAUAUACAGUGGGCAGUGCAAUGUAACGAUGGCAAAUGAGACAGACAUAUGCAUGGGAGUCAACAGCACAGAGCUUCAGAUCCUCCUAGACAGAUCAACGAUGGCCGGACGGCACUGCAACUUCUCUGUGGAGGAAUUUGCCUGUGCCUCUCUGUCAGGUUUAACAGCUAGGGAUCUGGCAGCCAUGUUGGGCUGUGAUAGGUUCUCCAACUCAAGCGGCUCCAAAGCUGCCUGGAAGCUGCUGCUAUCCAAAGCCUCCAAGGUCCUGGAUCAAGCUCUGGAUCUGCUGAGCAAUACCACGCUCCGUCCUGACCAUCCUUCUGCCCCCAUGAUCCUGGACUCCAUACGAGAACUCCGGCUGCUUGUCGUCAACAUGACCGUCCUCAACGAUCCCGCCUUCGUCCAGAUGUGGUUCGGCCGCCGCCUUCGUCCGUUCCUGCCAGCUGUUUCCGACGACUUCCUCUCAUGUCUCUCCUCCAAAUCACUGGACUGCAGCACCUACCACUACAUCGUGAAGACAUUUAGCGAGCUUCAGUCAGUCAUGUUGAAAGAAAGGCAGCUGUCUGUCUUGACACACUUCAUCACAGGUUUUCUGACAAACAACACUGCAGGACCAGGAUGUUUGUCCUCCUUCAACAACAGCGCACAGUGGCUGACCGACAACUUCGGUCCAUUCUCACAGUUUGUGCCCAUCAGUGUGCUGAUCCAACUCAACCCACUCUUCAAACCACUGGAGGUCUUCCAGCUCCUCACGCCAGAUCAGAGAGUGGAGCUGCUGGGACUGACGCUUCCUGAAACCAAAGACGUUGUCAUCAACAUGCUCUUUGAUUACAUGAUCGUAGCGCCGGAGAGAAGUUUUGUAGAGUUCCUGUUAUCCUUCGUGAAAUUCACCGAGAUGGGAAGUCUUUUCCUUUCCUGCCCAUCCUACAAAACACUGUUCACCAGACUGGACGACGCCAUGGCAACAGCUACUUCUGACUUAGUUUCAGCCAUCACAUACACUAAAGUGGUUUUAUUCAAACGACUACCAUCUGACUGCAUCAUAUACAGUGGGCAGUGCAAUGAAACAAUGACAAAUGAGACAGACAUAUGCAUGGGAGUCAACAGCACAGAGCUUCAGAUCCUCCUAGACAGAUCAACGAUGGCCGGACGGCACUGCAACUUCUCUGUGGAGGAAUUUGCCUGUGCCUCUCUGUCAGGUUUAACAGCUAGGGAUCUGGCAGCCAUGUUGGGCUGUGAUAGGUUCUCCAACUCAAGCGGCUCCAAAGCUGCCUGGAAGCUGUUGCUAUCCAAAGCCUCCAAGGUCCUGGAUCAAGCUCUGGAUCUGCUGAGCAUCACCACGCUCCGUCCUGACCAUCCUUCUGCCCCCAUGAUCCUGGACUCCAUACGAGAACUCCGGCUGCUUGUCGUCAACAUGACCGUCCUCAACGAUCCCGCCUUCGUCCAGAUGUGGUUCGGCCGCCGCCUUCGUCCGUUCCUGCCAGCUGUUUCCAACGACUUCCUCUCAUGUCUCGCCAUCGAAUCACUGGACUGCAGCACCUACCAAUACAUCGUGAAGACAUUUAGCGAGCUUCAGUCAGUCAUGUUGAAAGAAAGGCAGCUGUCUGUCUUGACACACUUCAUCACAGGUUUUCUGACAACAAACAACACUGCAGAUCCGGCCUGCAGCUCCAACACAGUCAGCAGCGGCGACUGGCUGCAGAAGAACCUGGGAGGCUUUUCUGUCUUCCUCUCCAUCCAGGAACUUCAGAAGCUCUACCCCAACUUUUCACCUAUGGAAGCCCUGGCCUCUCUGUCUGUCGGACAGCUGGUGGCCUUGUCCGCCACACCUGGGCUGCUGACGACUCCUGACCAGGUUGCCAUGGUGAUGAAAUAUGUCCCAGACCAAAUGUUGGCCAUCUUCUUUGAUGAGUUCUCAGUCGCCAUUAGGGGCAAUGAAUACAUCAUGCCCUCUGCAGUGAGGUCUGCCAUGCUGGAGGUUGUGUUCGACCGUGCAAACCUGUCCCAUCCCUCAGUGGAGGACUCGGUGGUAUCUGUGUGGCUCAAUAAUCGACUGCCUCCCCUGGUCAUAAGCCUGAUCCCCUCCCAAGUCAACCCAUAUUUCCAGAUACUGGUGGGAAGAAACUGCAGCCUUGGGCAUCAGGGUGUAACGCUUCUUAAUUCAACAAUCCCAACACUCACUGCGGACUCCCAGAAAGAAAUCUACAACCAAAUCGUUCUGGCACUGAAAGGACCUCCAGCUCUCCGUUGCUACGGUGACGGCAGCUUCUACAGAUUCGUCGAGGACUCGUUCUUGGGAUUCCAGUUCCCCAACCUGACCACCUUCCUGUCCCUCAUGCCUCGUGACCAAAAACAUCUGCUGGUGAACUCCAUGCCUCUGUCACAUCUGGGGAACCUGCUGCGUCGGCCAGGCGUCGUCGACAACGGAGCGCAGCUCUGUGAUCUCUACAGCAGCUAUGCCCAGACACCAGCGUUUUUGGAAACUGAGUCCCUGCCGGUAGACGUCAGGCGUCCCACCCUGCCCUGCGUUUGGCCCAUGGCCCUCAGCAGCACCAGGAGGUCAGAGGUCAACGCUUGGUUUGACCGAAGCCUCCAGAACUACUUGGUCUUCCUCUCAAAGAGUCUGAUCAGUCCAGAUGUUACACACAACACCUCGUGUCUGGCCUUCCAGAAACUUGUCUCGGUUCUUGGUCAAUACAACUACACCGCGGUGGACUUUGUGCAGGAAGACGUGUUCAAUACCAUCAGGAAUUACCUCCAAUCAGCAACACCAAGAUGUUACGACCCCAACAACCCAGAGCUGAACUCCACGGCUUGGUUUGCUGAGUACAUCGGCCCUUUCAUGCCGUUCCUCACUCUUGAGAUUUUUCAUACGUUCGGAUCAGAUAAGUCCCUCCAGGUGUUCACAGUGAACCCCCUGAACAUUGCACUCCUCAACCACUCGGUUUUGCCUCAGAACCUCACCAACUACUACACUGGGCUGGUCUACCAACAAGACAGUAACUUCAACCCCCUUCUCCUUCCUCUGCUGUGCCGGUGUGUCGCUCCUGGCAUGGCAUUCACCCAGCUGACUCCAGCAGAAAGUUUGAUAGUGUUGCGGAACCUCACCAUUGUCUGCCAAGAUCUUAAUCCACAGAUUUCUGCUGCUCUGACGAGCAACUUCGGUAAUAACAUCGACUCCAACACCAUCUCUGCUCUCGGCAAUGAAAGCACCAGCAUGUCCACGGGGCAGAUCAAGGCCAUCAAUCCACAGCAGCUGAUCAACGCACUGUUCACACUCAGCAACGUGAAUGGCUGGAAAGCAGGACAGGCUAAGAGCAUCAUAGAGUCUCUGAUGACAGUGAUACAGAUCAAUGACUCUUCGUCACUUUUUACGCUGGGUACUCUCAUCAUCGGUGUCCCCUCCAGAGUUUUCAGGAAAAUCCAAGGCUCUGAGAUUUUGGUUGCCUCCAGAAACCCCUCGCUUGUGGGACACAUGAUGUCCGCUCCAAAUAUCGUCCAGCAGAUUUUUGUCACCCAGAUUUUAUCAGUGAACAGCACCGGUGAGGCGAUCAUCCAGAACGUUCCAGACGAAAUGGCCACUGAGAUCCCUCGGGUUUUCCUGCAGAGCUUUACAGCCGGCAGCAUCACAAAGCUCAACAAGAAGAAAUGGAAACGCCAGCAGGCUGAGGUGUUCUUUGGCGUAAUAGCAGUGGAAAACGCCACGGCUGUCCUGGGAGGUGUGGACAACCUGUCCUCCUCUGUGCUGCAAGGAUUCACAUGCACAAGUGUGAGAACGAUUGAGAAGGCGCAGGUCAAAAAACUGGUCAAAGCCUGUCGGCGCAAAGGCACAGACAAAGUCAAACUGGUGGAGUCUCAGUUGACCUGCAUGUUCAACCGCAUCAGAGGAGAACCAGACAUCACCAGCUUUGAUCUUUUCCCUCCAGAUGUGCUGCUGUACUAUGACUACUCUCUGGUGUCACAGAGCAACUGCAGUUUCUACUUUGAGCAGCUCAGCGACGCCGACUUCUCGGUGUUCUCCUCAGAACUCAGCUACAAGCGGACCGCGCUGUUCGAUAACGCCAGGAACUGCCUGGGCAUAACAACCACAAACCUGACUAAAGCUCAAAUAACAGUUCUGGGAAACAUGUGCUGCUACCUGAACGCUUCUUACAUCCUGAACUCUGAUGAAUCCAUCUUGGAGAAACUAAAGACCUGCCCGGAUCUGUCUGCCGCUCAGGCGGCCGCAGUGCAGACCCGUCUGACCGGUGGGACCUCUAGAUAUCGACUUGCUUCGACAUGGACUGAAACAACUCUGAGGAACCUCGAUACAUUUCCUCUGUAUAUGUCUUCAGAUUUCUAUGAUAACUUUGACAAAACCACGAAGCGCUCGUUCUUACAGUACUACCUGAAAGUCCUCAGUACUAAUGGAGUCAGCAGAGCGAAGAUAGGGGCAAUGAAAGCAGAAAUAAGACAAUCAAUUAGUAGCAGACUUAAGCGGCAGACAGUCACUGAAUGCACAGCAGGAGUAAUCACCAAGGUCACCAUAUACAAUACCACCUUCCCCUUCGACUACCCCAACAUCAAUCAGUUCAACAGCUGUCUCAGUGCUGCGGUCGUCAGGGACAACCUGGAGGUCAUCACCCAGAAGGUGCAUCAGCAGGACUACCUUAAGAUUGUUCUCAGCAAGCUGCAGGAGGCAUACAGCACCACCGUCCCUGAAGACCAGGUCCAGGUCUUGGGCCCGGCGUCGCGCGUUGCCUCGGCAGAUCAGAUCAAUACAUGGAACAUCACUCAGGUGGACACGCUUGCAUCUCUGAUGGACACAACAAACGGACCGCUGGAUCCAAGCUUGGCUAAAGCUAUCAUCUCUAAGUAUCUGAGCGUGGAAGGCAACAAACUUGAGAGCGCGGAGCUUAAUGCUAUCGGAGGACCAAACCUGUGCUCUGUGAACACUGAGGUACUUGGCAACAUCUCUCAGCAGAGCUUGAGAGAAGCCAAUGCUUUGGAUGUGUCCAACUGCACCAGUGACAAACUCAAGGUGCUCUUCAACAUCGCCCUUCAAGCGUUUCAAACUAACUCUAGAGCAAGCGUUGCAUUGUACCAGUUCAUACAGCCAUACCUGGGGGGCGCACCUAUUGAGUUUGUUAAAAGUUUGGCAUCUUCCAACAUCAACAUGGACCUGCAGACAUUUGUUAAGCUGGACGAGAGUGUGGUACAGAGUCUGCUUGUUGGCGAAGUUAAAAGUCUUCUUGGUGACAACCUGCCUGACUUAAAAAGCUAUGAAAAUACACCGAUAGUACGCAGCUGGAUCUCAAGGCAGACACAAUCAGAACUCAACACACUAAACAUUGGGCUUACAGGAGGCCAAGCUGACAGCUCCGUCUCUACCAACUCGACUUCCAGCGCAACCACCCCUUCUGCUACCACAACUACAACAGUCACAACUGUCAAAACCACCAAAGGCGCCGGGGCCCGGAUCCAUGGAGACGUCGCCGGCUUCACCUUCUUUGUUUUCCUUGCGCUCCUCGUCUCGUCCAAUCAGGUUUCGAUCUGAAGAAACGCGCGGCUGAUUAUCAAACGCGCACCGUAGGCUAAAAUGAAUGGUUGGAUUAAAGGGUGAAAUCAUUUUUGGAUAUAUGUCUAAUUGAAAACAAACACUGUUUAAUGUUGUUUAUAAUGAACAAAAAUAUUUCCUGAACAGAAAUGGGUGCAAAUAUUGUGAUUGUGAUUACUUAAUUAUUUACUUAAAAACCAUUUAUGUCUUAUCUAUAAUACAAAAUGUGCUUAUUUGCAAUUUGCUGUAGGUAUUUGUGAAGGGGGAGACAUUCUGUAUUUUUAUCCUCCAUAUUUGACUUCUGAUGCCUCAUAUGAAGAAUGCUUCUGUUAACACUUAUUGAAAUAAAACUCUCCACUUUACUCA